AUCAUUCAAAUCUCUUCUCUAUUACUUUACAUUCUUUCAGCUCUUUAUUUAUUUAUUCAUUCAUUCAUUCAUUUUUCCCAACAUUUGAACACCCCCAAAGAAAAAACACAGAGCUUGCAGAUUUUCUUUGUUUGGUCUUUUACCCGGAUCCGACCCGACCUUGAUUGUUCCUUGCCUGCUUUUCUCAGCUGAGAGAUCCCAUUUCUGGAGAGAAAAGAAAACGAUCAAAUAAGGACGGCUUGUGGCGAAAACGGCUGGCAUAUCUAUUGUUAAACAAUAUUUGCUCUUAACCAAGGUCUGCAAUUAAACAGUCUUGAUGGGGAGUUGUGUAUCAGCACCUCAGAAAAAAAUCAGGACUGUGAGGAGAUCCCGCCGCCGCAUCCGGAAAUGCCGUGGGAAGGGUUCCGGUUCUAUGACAGAUGCAACCAAGAAAAGGAAUAGUGACUCUCGUGUAACGGAUAUAGCUGUUAGUGGAUAUUUACAUACAGAUUUUGAAAACGGAGCUUGCCAAGAGGAUGCUUGGUUCGAUUCGGUUAGUAUUCUUGAAUCUGAUUCGGAUGAUGAUUUCGUCAGCGUUCAAGGAGAUGGUUUUCCGUUGGGUAAUGCGAUUGGGAAUAUGUCAAGUGGUCAGCUGCGUCAGUGUGACGGAAAGGCAGAUGAAAUUUGUAAUAGGAAGAAGAAACCAUUUGAUCAUCGUUAUGGAAGCUUUAAAGGUCCGAAAGAGGAUAAGCGUAAUUCCGAAGAGAAAAACUUAAGAUCAGGAUUAUCAAGAAUGAUUCCCUCUAUGAGUUUCAACAAUAAGAUUUUAACAUCGGGUUCGACUCCACAAUACCAAAGAAAGAAAUCAGCAGUUUUAAGGCUUUCUUUUAAGAAGAGAUCAUGUGAUACUGAAGACAAACUUGAAGACUGUACAGCAAAACGAUUUUUAUAUCGUCCCAGAGCAGGAUAUAUAAUUCCAUGUAGCAAGGAUGACAAGGUGAGUCGAGGGUGUUGGUCCGAGAUUCCGCCCUCAACUUUUAAACUACGAGGCGAGACCUAUUUCAAAGAUAAACGGAAGUGUCCGGCACCGCAUUACUCCCCGUAUACUCCAAUAGGCGUCGACUUAUUUAUCUGCCCGAGAAAGAUAAAUCAUAUUGCUCAACAUAUCGAGCUUCCUAAUGAGAAAGCAAAUGGGAAAAUCCCUCCUCUUCUAAUUGUUAAUAUUCAGUUGCCUACUUAUCCUACUGCAAUGUUCCUCGGAGAUGGUGAUGGUGAAGGAAUGAGUCUUGUUCUUUAUUUCAAAAUUUCCGAGGAUUUUGACGGACUCAUCUCUCCACUGUAUCAGGAGAGCAUCAAGAAAUUGGUCGAUGAUGAGAUGGAAAAAGUUAAAGGGUUCGCAAUAGACUCUAGUGUUCCCUUCAGAGAAAGGCUGAAGAUCAUGGCCGGCUUGGUUAAUCCUGAUGAUCUCAAUUUGAGUUCUACCGAGAAGAAACUCGUAAAUGCUUAUAACGAAAAGCCGGUUCUCUCACGCCCUCAGCACAAUUUUUAUAAGGGUUCUAAUUACUUUGAGAUUGAUCUGGACAUUCAUCGCUUCAGUUAUAUAUCGAGAAAGGGGCUUGAGUCGUUUCGAGAUCGAUUGAAAAAUGGAGUUCUUGAUCUGGGUUUGACCAUCCAGGCACAAAAACAAGAGGAACUUCCGGAGCAAGUUUUGUGCUGCCUGAGACUAAACAAGAUUGACUUUUCUGAUCACGGCCAAAUACCGACACUCCGGACAGUUCUGGAUACUUAAUUAGGUCGUCGUUGUCAAGGUGCAGGAUACCAAAUUUAGAAACUCUUGUAUGGAGGGAUCGAUUUUAUUUGUUGAAGCUUACUCAUUAUAAUACCAGCUUUACUGCAAAUAUCUAAACGGAACACUUGAUUUC